CGUGCGGCUACUCGCUGCAGUGCAUGUGUAAUCUAUGCCGUUUGACUGAUCCAUGUGGGCUGCUCCACUCAGGAGCGGAGCUGAUAGCGUGCUGAGAGGGAGACGCUUAAAGGUUGAAGAAUUAACUGAUUUGAAAUAAAAUCAAACAAGGUGAUUAAUCUAUCUUUAUUAUCGUUUGCAGGAUUAUUUUCUAAUUCCGCGCUGUAAUUUAUAUAACACCACAAGGUGCGAAAUUAUUCCGGUCACGUUGUGCGCUGACAGCCGGCUGUCCUGUAGCCCGUUGGAGUGAAUCUGUGCUGCGUGCACGCGGGAGAUAGCGCAGCGCGCGGACACCUGCAAUAGAAUGUAGCGGGAAUUCCCCUCGUAAACCGGUGGGAGGAGGACUUCAGAGAGCUGUUGACUGUUUACUGCGACCAUCAGAACUAGCGGAAAGGAAGAGGGUGGGGCAUGGUCUGGUGUGGCCGUUGCUAUGUAUGAGCGAGUACAGUGGUGUCCAUGGAGACCGAGCACCACAGCGACCUCCUGGAGACCAGCGAUGGGCAGGGGGCAGGGCUUCUGGAGGGAGAGAGCGGGCCGGGGGCUGAGGGGGACUGGAGUGCCCCCUUACCCCUGGGCUUCCAGGUGUCCCUCACCAGUGUGCUGAUGCUGGAGCUGGUCCUGGGCUUCAGCAGUAACCUGACUGUGUUGGUGCUCUACUGCGCCCAGUCCAACCUGGUCGACUCGGUCAGCAACAUGGUCACGGUGAGCCUGCAUGUGCUGGACAUCUUGGUUUGUGUCCUGUGUCUGCCACUCACCGUGGCGGUCAUCCUGCUCCCAGCGGAAGGUAGUGGAGGGGACAUCCUGGCCACGCUGUGCUGCUUCCACGAGGCCUGUGUCACCUUCACCAGUGUGGCUACAGCCAUCAACGUGCUGGUCAUCAGCCUGGACCGCUAUGACAUCUCCGUCCGGCCGGCCACGAGGCUGUUGACCCCGAAGCGUGCUGCACUCCUUCUGGCCACCGUAUGGUCCGUGUCUCUGGCUGUCUUCUUCCUGCCGUUCCUUGAGGGGGACUUCUUCUCCUCUGGGGAGGACAGCCAAGUGGGGGAGAUAGAGGUGGGAGUGUUGACCACCGGCCCUGAGUCUGACGCCCCUGCCGGGCUGACCCCCACCGGGCUGACCCCCACCGGGCUGACCCCCACUGGGCUGACCCCCACCCCCCCCUCGCCCUCUAUUCCCUACCACCACCUGCCACCAGUGUGGCAGAACCGGACCCUACUGUGUGUUGGGGGGCAGGGCUACCACACUGGGCUGGCCAUGUACUACCACCUCCUGUUACAGGUGCCCUGCUUCUUCCUGGCCGUGGUCGUCAUGCUCUUCACCUACUCCCGCAUCCUGCAGGCCCUCAACAUCCGCAUCGGGACCCACAUCAAGAGGGGCCCACGCGCCUCCAACAAGGACACCGGCUGCGGGAUCCGUAGGCGGAGACGGAGGAGGAAGGGGCUGACUCUGACCACAGGAGGAGGGGCCUCCUCCAGCCAGAACCAGCACCUCACCCAGCCACCCCUCAUUCCCUCCUCCACCCCGACCUCCCCUCCGCCCCUCUCCUCCGUGCCCCUGGUCACCUCUGACAGCGGGGCCACAGGGGUCACCAACACCGCCACCACCACACCCAUCGCCACCACCCCGGCUACCCCGGCCCCCCAGGCCCUUGUCCCGAUUGACGCCACCACCUUGGCGCCAGCGGGGGGGGAGCGCCCGGGCGUCCAGGCAUCCGUCUCAGCCAUCAUUGCCCUCAGGCGGGCCGUGAGGCGCCACCGCGACCGGCGGGAGCGCCAGCGCAGAGUCUUCAAGAUGUCCCUGAUCAUCAUCUCCACCUUCCUGGGCUGCUGGGCUCCUCUGUCCAUGGUCAACGUGUUGAUCCUCUGUCUGGGUCCCAGCGACAGCCUGGUACGUGUGAGGCUCUGCUUCCUGGCCAUGGCCUAUGGCACCACUAUCUUCCACCCUCUGCUCUAUGCCUUCACCCGACAGAAGCUGCGUAAAGCCCUGAAGACCCGUGUCAAGAAGAGGGUGGUGUCGCUGCUGCAGGUGGACCCAGCUCCUAGUGGGGGAACUGUUAUUCACAACUCCUGGGUGGAAGGAGGAGGACAGAGGAAGGGACGCAAGCCCCGGCAGGAGGGCAGUGAUGCCACCAGUAACUGUCUGACAGUGGCUGUGAGAGAAUGAGACUUGUGCGGGUUUGUGUGGGUUUGUUUGUGUGUGUAUGUCGUGUUUGUUUGUACGUACGUGCAUGUAAAUGUUAGUCAACAAAGGUCAUUAAACAUCAGCAGCAUCUUCCUCCGUCCAGGUGUGAUGUUGGCAGGUGGGCCCAAAGCUCUAACAUCAGACUUGCACUUUGAUCUUUGUACACAGCUCCUCAUUAUCUCCCCCCAGGGAACCACAAGAUGGCCACUCGGUUUCCUUGGAAACAGCAAGUUACAAAGCAAUAUGUAAGAUAGUCUUCGUCAUCGCAACUGUAGUUACUUCAGAUAUCCCAGCAUCUCUUCCCCUUAUUUUAGUGAUAGUCAGUACCCAGUGAUGUAAAGAGUUUCAUUAUUCAUGCUUUAAAACUAGACUCGGUAAAUGCUAAAUAACAGGACUAGUUUGGGUACACUCAAAUUAUACAAAUUUACUCAAAUACAGAAAUAUUCAGUGCUUUUGAUUUUACAAGGCUGCAAAUGAGCUAUUUUCGCUUUUUGUGACCAAGUAAAUCAUGUUAAAGUCAUGGUUGUGACAUUUUAUGACUGGCUAAAUUGUUUUGAACAUCAGUUGCAAGAAAACUGAACAAAAUUUUUUUUGCUCCCAUUUACCAUCAGCUGAACUCAAAGAUCUAAGACUUUCUCUAUG